AUGACAUUGCUUGCUCUUGGUUGCUUUUGCUUGGUUGUUCUUGUUCGUUGUCUGCAGGACGCGAUCGUGAAGUACACCGAGUGCCUCGACAGCCUCCCGGACAAGAGGAGCGAGCUGGCCAUCAAGUGCUACAGCAACCGCUCCGCCUGCUACAAGCAGCUGUCAAACUUCGACGCCACCGUCGAGGACACCACCGCGGUGCUCGAGGUAGAGCCGGAGAACGUCAAGGCGCUGGUCAGGAGAGCGCAGGCCUUCGAGGCUAUCGAGAGGUACCGCUUCGCGCUGCAGGACGUCCGCACGGUGUUGACGAUGCCGCCGGAGAAAGUGGGCUCCGCAAACCUUUCCCUGGCCAACGGGAUGCAGCACCGCCUUAACAGGGUAGUCCAGCAGCUCAAGAACGCCAGCUGAGGCUAGAGCUGGUCUUUGGUUUGUGAGCGCUCUGG